AUGCCCACAGGUGGAACUGCUAAGGCUACCCGAAUCAGUCAAGUAAAUUCUAGGAGCCUAGAAUGCAGUCCUUGUUUGAUUAGUCUCGAUAAUCUUCCAAAUUUCUCACCAUCUAUCCUUGGGAAUGAUUUAAUCCGCAAAGUGCGCUUUCAGGUGAUGCCCUCAACCGAACUAUAUCCCGACAUGGGUUGGUCGCGUUGGUGGUGGACACGACUCCUAUGGGCGACCCUUGAUCUCAUCAUGGACUGCAUCUACUGGCUUGAUAUCUUCAUUCGCACCCGCACUGGAUUCCUUGAACAAGGUCUCGUCGUGAGGGAUAUCGACAAAAUCAAAAAGCAAUAUUUCGAAGGAAAACAGUUUAAAUACGAUAUAAUAAGCAUCAUUCCCCUGGAUUAUGUAUUAGGGUGGCCAUGGCCAAUUCAAUGGUUUCGACCGUUUCCGGUGGUCCGUUUGAAUCGUCUUCUGCGUAUUGACAGGGUGCAAGAUUGUAUGGAGAGAACGGAGACGAGGAGUUCGAUGCCAAACGCCUUUCGAGUGCUUUGUGUCGUGUGGUACAUCAUUGUUAUUAUUCACUGGAAUGCCUGCUUCUACUUCUGGAUUUCGGAAAUGAUCGGUUUGGGAUCAGACGGUUGGGUAUACGGUCCACUAAAUAAGCAGAGUCUGCCCGAGAAUGUGAAGGACACCCUCCUCCGUCGUUACAUCUACAGCUUCUACUGGUCGACAUUGAUUCUUACGACAAUCGGAGAGGUACCGUCUCCUGUACAAAACAUUGAGUACCUUUUUGUAACGUUGGAUUUGAUGUGUGGAGUGCUCAUUUUCGCUACCAUCGUCGGUAACUUAGAGAUGCGAGUAAUCAAAUGGUUCGACUAUUUAUGGGCGAAUAAGCAGUCGCUGAGCGAUCAACAAGUUCUGAAGGUGCUUCCCGAUAAGUUGCAAGCCGAAAUUGCUAUGCAGGUGCACUUUGAAACACUGCGAAAAGUGCGCAUCUUCCAGGAUUGCGAAGCCGGACUGCUAGCUGAGCUGGUGCUUAAGUUGCAGUUACAGGUGUUUUCUCCCGGAGACUAUAUCUGCCGGAAAGGAGACAUCGGUCGAGAGAUGUACAUCGUGAAACGAGGCAAACUGCAAGUAGUAGGCGAUGAUGGGCAAAAGGACACACCUGACGGUCAACGAUCACAUACUCCCUUCGUUAUCGGACUCACAACAAGGAAUGCUGAGCAGAGUAAUGAUCAUACAUCUAUAUAA